AUGGCCUCACGACGCAGUGUCCGGGCCCUCGGCGAAGCCUUCAGCGGCCUCACUGUGGGUGGGCCGUGCCGGACGUCGUCCGCCCCGGUUCCGGCCUUUUGCUCGACAUCGUCCCGGACUAUAGCCACCACAACAGCAGCACCAACAGCAUCACGAACACCACCCACGUCGGUCAUUCGCCUGGCCGACCGCACCGUGCCAGUGACCGUGCUCGCCUUUCCCAGCCUGGAGCCGCGGUCGGUCGAGAUGUGGUCGGCACAGCACCUGCACCUGCCACUGCGCCGCGAUCUGUUGCACCUCGCGGUCGUGUACGAGGGCGACAACACGCGGCAGGGCACGGCGUCGACCAAGACGCGCUACGACGUGCACGGGUCGCACCGCAAGAUGCGACCGCAGAAGGGCACCGGCAGCGCACGACUGGGCUCGCGGCAGUCGCCGCUGAUCCGCGGCGGUGGCAAGUCGUUUGGACCACAGCCGCGCGAUUUUGGCACCGACCUCAACCGCAAGGUGUACGACCGCGCCUGGCGCACCGCGCUCUCGUACCGCUACCGCCGCGGCGAGCUGGUCGUCUGUGAGGACGGACUCGAGCUACCGCUGCCCGACGCCUUCCUGCAGGCUGCUCAGGCCGGCGUCCUCGAUCGCGAGCUCGAGGAUGGCUUCGUCCGUCGCUACGUUGGCUCCUUGCUCCAAGGCCAAGCCGACAACUUCGGCACCAACACCAUCGGCACCAUUGGCACCAUCGGCCAGGCCUGGGGCCACGCCAGCGGCCGCACCACCUUCAUCACCUCGGACCGCCGCCCGAAUCUGUUCACUAGCCUCGAGGCCGCCGGCGAGCAUGGCCGCGCCCUCACUGUCGACGACGUCGACGUCAAGGAUCUGCUCGAGACCGGCCGCAUCGUCGUCGAGCGCGCUGCCCUCCGCUACAUCAUCGAGCGUCACCAGUCUGACCUCGUCUCACGCCACUUCAUCCACGGUGUCCGGCCCUCUGGCCCGCCUGUUGGCCAGACGGUCGUUGAGUAA